UUCCACGUUCCAAACCUGAUCAUCCUAACAUUUUCCGGUGACAUUGAAAUAUUGAAUGUCACCAACUCUCUGGAGCCUCGGCUUAUAUAACCCAACAGCCACUUUGUUAUUUUUAACAGAAAAAAGCAAAUUCCUCGACACAUUUGAGUUGAGAGGUCACGUUCAGAUCAACCAGAGCCACCAAACUGAAGUGACCAAACUGCCCCAUCUCCCUUCAACUUUCUCCAGCUUCAAGCAUCCUCUGCAACUAAAACAAGUCUUUCCUGCCAAAACCCACUUUGGUGAACCUGAUGCCUAUGGUGAGGAAUGUUGGUUAGGACUCAUUUGCCCAAUUCAGGCAUUUCUACAAACGGGUUUUGAAUUUCUGCAAUGAAAUGAUUAAGGGUUAUUGGAAAGUUUGGAUCUUUCGAACUUUCCGUGGACCAGUUGCAAUUGGUUCAGUGCUGUCCUUUCUUUUGGCCAUGGCAUUUGCAUAUAUGUAUUUGUUCCCCACUGUUCCCCCUGUAGUUCGAACUUAUGGAAUUCCGGAUUCCGGUAGUUCUAGUUCAAGUAGUUCUGUUGAGAAGUGCAAUGUUUAUGAGGGAAGCUGGAUUGCAGAUGAAAGUUACCCUUUGUACAAUGCAACAUUGUGUCCGUUUGCAGAACAUAGAUUUAAUUGCUUGGCUAAUGGAAGGGAAGAUACGGGUUAUGCCAAGUGGAGGUGGAAGCCUAAGAGUUGUGAUAUUCCAAGAUUUGAUGCGCGUAGAGUGCUUGAAGGGCUUCGUGGAAUGCGAGUUGUUUUUGUGGGUGACUCACUAAGUAGAACACAGUGGGAGUCUUUGAUAUGUUUACUCAUGACAGGGGUGGAGGAUAAGAAGAGUGUUUAUGAAGUGAAUGGGAAUAAAAUCACCAAGCAGAUUAGAUUUUUAUCGGUACGGUUUGCAACAUUUGAUCUCAGAAUGGACUUUUACCGGUCAGUCUUCCUAGUGCAGCCUGCUUCAAAGCCAGCGCGAGCACCAAAGAGGGUUAAGUCAACGCUCAGAAUCGACAAGAUGGAUGAUAUUAGCAAAGAAUGGAUUGAUUCAGAUAUUUUGAUCUUCAAUUCAGGGCACUGGUGGACGCCAAGUAAACUUUUUGAACUGGGUUGCUAUUUUCAGAUGGGUAAAUCACUGAAGCUUGGAAUGCCGAUAAAUACUGCGUUCAAAAAAGCAAUGGACACUUGGGCAUCUUGGGUUGAAGCCACAAUCAACACAAAUAGAACAAGUGUCUUCUUCAGGACUUUUGAAUCGUCACAUUGGAGUGGCCGACACCGUAAUUCUUUCAAAGUGGGUCUACGCCCUUGGUUAAGCUCUUGGGGAAUGGAUCGAAGCCCAGUUUCAGACACCAUUGUGAAGGUUGUGGGGCAAAUGGCAGUUCCUGUAACAAUUAUGCAUGUUACACCUAUGGGAGCAUUCCGAAGUGAUGGUCAUGUGGGUACUUGGAGUGACAAUCCAUCUGUGCCUGAUUGUAGCCAUUGGUGCCUACCCGGCGUACCUGAUAUGUGGAAUGAAAUUCUCUUGUCAUAUCUGCUACCAUGAAUGUUUGUUGGAACAGCAGAUACCUUACAGAAUGAGAGAUUUCCUGCCUUUCGACUUCGACUUUGAUCUCCUCGGAGAAUCCUUCUGUGUUAUACCACCAUUGUUUUAUUGCCCGUGGCUGUGGAACCAGGCAAAUUGAUGGGACUUGACAUUCCAGUUGAAGCUUCCCUUUCUGUAGCAUAGUUGCUCACAAGAUCUAGUAUUUAGAUGUAUAAUUUGUAAUUUGUAUAAAAAACAAGUGGCUGUAAUGCCCAGUUGGUGCAUCAUUUGUAAAUUGACAUGAAUCACAAAUUCUGAGUUUUCGUUU